CUACGGAGUUAUGUCAACACAGUCAUGAUUAGUAAGGUAUGACUAUCAAAAUCGUCACAGUCGCAUGCCUGCUCUCUAUAUUGCUGGUAGAAGCUCAUGGUCUUCUGUGCUUUCACUGUGAUCUUGUUGACGACCCCCUAAAAUGUCAUUCAACUAAAACAUGUAACACCCACGAGGCUUGUCAUGUAACAGAAACCAUUGAUGAUAACUUUAAUUUGACCUACAGACUCGGAUGUGUAGCUGAGCAGGAGUGCCCAAAUCUUUCCCGUAGCCCCCGAGAUAAGCUAUUCAGAAGGAGUUUGUCCAAACAAUGUUGCAGCACGGAUUUGUGUAACCGGGGGUACGCAGGAUUAUUGACCAGUAAAGCCACUCCUACAACUUCUACCCAGACAACUACAUUAAGACCAACAACAACAACUCAGAUAUCUUCCAUCCAAGAAAUCACAACACGUCAACAUCACACCACUACCCAGGUCCACAAUACAGAUCAUACUUUUGAUGGCAGGUGCCCCUAUGGACAUAUAUAUCACGGAUACUGUUAUGUUCCAUCUUUACAGUACGGUCAUCGCUGGAAUAUGGUAACACGACACGAUGCUGACACAUAUUGCAAACAGCAUGGCAUGACUCUACCAAGCAUACAUUCACUGGAAGAGGAAUUGUUUAUACACAGAAUUAUGACCAGCAGUAUGUUCUAA